UUUUUUCCCCGACGGUGUGGAUUUCAGAUCUCUUUCUUGCCAGGCUUUUCCUCUUUUUUUUUUUUUUAUUCCACGUCUGCUUUUGGGCAAGAACCGUGGGUGUGUCUGAGGUAGGGGGCGAGGCGGGAAAACAAUGGAGGGGAGGGUUUGAGAGAGAGCGACGGGAGAGGAUCUCUUCCCCCUCCCCCGCCAAUGUAAAAUUGGGCAAAGCCCAGGCAGCUCGUGUUGCCCACCCAGAGCCGCCACCCCCUUCUCUGUAUUUCCCUUCCCGCCUUCCUGCAAGCUCUUGGGAGAUGAAGGGCAGGCUGUGAUCCCGGGAGGGCGGUGGGAGAAAAUACGCGCUACGCGGGCGCGCACAAACGUUAUAUUGGAGCAAGGAUCUUCGAGCUUAAAGCCGGCUGGGAAGUGCGACGGCGGGCGAAGAUAAAACGCCUCUUCGGAUUUUUACAUCUCCUGGUUUUUUAUUUUAUUUUGCUGGUGUUUGGACGCGCAAAGGCGCAGACAAAAGGCGCGCGCGGCGGGGGAGAGGAUUGCCGAGCCGGAGGGGAAAUAAAAAGUCUCCGCCGCCUUGUUCUGGCACGAUGGCAGAGGAUGGCUGCUGGCGGCUUUCGGGUGCCCUCUGAGUGAGGUUGUCACUGGCAACGGAGGAUCGAGGGCGGCUGCCGCCGCUGGAACCGGAGGAGGGCGGCUGCCGCGCCAGCGCGGCCAUGGGAAAAUGCAAUGGGCGCUGCACGCUGGUGGGAUUCUGUUGCCUGCAACUGAUAGCAGCCCUGGAGAGGCAGAUAUUUGACUUUCUUGGUUAUCAAUGGGUGCCUAUCCUGGCUAAUUUUUUACACAUUAUGGCUGUCAUCCUUGGCGUCUUUGGCACCAUUCAGUACAGAUCCAAAUACCUCAUAUUGUACGCAGUGUGGCUCGUCCUAUGGGUUGGAUGGAAUGCAUUCAUCAUCUGUUUUUACCUGGAAGUAGGACACCUUUCACAGGACCGAGAUUUCAUCAUGACCUUUAACACAUCGCUGCAUCGUUCAUGGUGGAUGGAGAAUGGUCCUGGUUGCCUGGUGACCCCCGUGCAGAACUCCAAUCUGGCCCUCGAAGACCAUCAUGUCAUCACAGUCACUGGGUGCUUGCUUGAUUAUCAGUAUAUUGAGGUGGUGAGCAGUGCAAUGCAGAUAUUCCUUGCGCUCUUCGGAUUUGUUUAUGCCUGCUAUGUCAGCAAAGUAUUUAUGGAGGAAGAAGACAGCUUCGAUUUCAUUGGAGGAUUUGAUUCGUAUGGAUACCAAGCACCCCAAAAGAUGUCACACUUGCAGCUACAGCCUUUGUAUAUCUCUGGGUAACUGUUUCCUUACCUACAGUGAGCUGGCCUUUGGGGACAUUGGCAAAAAACGCAAGGCAAGCAGGCUGUCCAGCAUGAUUCCAAAGGCAAAUGGCAGACUAUUUCUGCUGGAGAUCAGGUGUGGUCUGCGAUCCUGCCCAGAGACAACAUAGUGACACUUCCACGGGUUCCCCCCCCCUUCUCUUUAACUCCUUCAUUUGGGCAGCCACAAGAGUUUUCAUGCACCAUCUAAAACAUCAGUGGGCGGUGUUUGUGGUACACCCUCUCCGAGAUCAAACUGUUCCGCUCAAGACUGAGGAACCAAAAAGAAGCUCAACGCUCCACCUGCUGGCCAGUGUUUGUAGUGCGGCUGGUGACUCCAGCAAAUUAAAAAAAAAAAACUUUAAGCAAGGGCAAUAUUAUGUUUUAGAGAGGGCAAGGAGAAGCCCUGUUUGAAAGAAGACCUUUUUCAGUUUCAGAGUAGUUUUUUUUAAUUGUUCUGGAUCACUUCCUGCUGUCUCAUUUGCUUCCAAGCAAAUGGCUUUGCAGUGUGGUGCAGGCUGUGAGAUAAUCCAUACAUUGCAAUAAAGAAUGAAAUAUCUGACAUCUGGAAAGGGAGGCUUCAUUAGAUCUGAAAUCUGUUCCUCCCCCCACCCGCCAUCCUUCAUCCAAUGUUUUCUACAUUGUUUGGCCAUUUAAAUGAGCAUCAGUUAAAAAAAUUCAAAUCACUGGUACUGCCAGAGAAGGAAAAAUAUUCCUCUGGUUCUGAAGACAGAAGUGAAUAUAUGCAUAUUGUGACAAAUGUGUGGGUUUCAUUUUGAGUUGGCAUUGUACCGCUAUGAUUCCAAGGUUUUAUCUGACACCAGUGGCGGCUGGUCCAUGAGGGCAAAUGGGGCACUGCCCCACUAAGCUCAGUCUGCCUCCCUGCCUGCCUUCUUUCUUACAGCCAGUCCUGGGAGUGGCACUGACUAUCAGCACCCUCUUCUUUAGUCUCAAUGUUCUCCCUUGUAGAACUCAGCAGGGAGGAGGAUGGAGGCAAGACUAGAAUGAGUUGGCUGUGCCUGUCAUUGGCUCUGGAUGUGCCUACUGUUGGUCUCCCUGCCUUCCGCCCCACCGAUCCUAACGGGCACAAACGACCACUUUGUGACACAGUGCUUCCAAUAAGAUGCUGAAAACCAUUUUCACUAAUACAA